AUUGUUUUAAAUUUUAAAUUUUCUUAUUUUUUUUUUUUUUUUGAUUUUUGAUUUUUUUAUUUUUGAUUUUUAUUAUUUUAUUUAAAUAAAUGAUUUAUUAUAUAUAUAAAUAACAAAGGCAUAAGAGUCUUUUGCCACUUAGUGAAGAAGAUAUUUUUGAAAAUAUCUCCUUAGUGGUGGUAAAAAUGAAAAAUGGUACCAUGAAAGUGGUAAACAUGUAAUUUCUCCAUUAAGUAAUUGUUUUUUAAGUAUAGUUUAGCUACAUUAGAUAUUUACUAACUAUUUCUAUAAAUUUUCAAACAUUUUGGACAACUUCAAAAUAUUCUAUACAUUUUGGAUAUUAAAUAUAAAAUAGCUAAUAUAUUCAAGUAUAUAAAUCUAAUUCGGAUACUCGAAAUAUUUUUGUUCAAAUUGGAUUUGGUUCCGGUUCUCUAGAUACAAAAAUUUUAAACAUUUCCGCAUAUCUAACAAGUUUCGGCUCAUGUUCAAUACUACUUUCUCGGAUCGGACUCAUUUCGGUUCUUCGGAUUCGGAUUUUUUGCGCAACCCUAAAAUUUUUAAGAAUUUUGACAACAUAAAAUAUUCCGCGCUUCAAAAGGUGUCGGUAAAAAAGGAGACGGUUUUAAACAUGACAGAUUUAUCUAUAUUAAAUAAUAUUUAUUAAAAUUUUAAUUAUAAACUUUCUGUAUUUUUUAAUUAAAAUCCAUCUUUCUUUUUGAAACAUAAAUAUUCUAUUAAAAACUUUUUUUAUCAUGUAAUAUAUGUCAUUUCAAAUAUUUCUCUUUAGAAUUUCAUUUAUGAUAAUAAUGUGAAAUCUAUUUCUAACCAAUUUAGUUAUACCAAUUUUUAUAUUUUUCAAUGAUAUAUUUUUUUCCUAUUAUAAAAUUGAAUCUUAAUAUUUUUAAUAAUAUAUUUAGUUGCAUUCGAAAUUAUUAUUAUUAAUAUUUCAAUUAUUAUAAUCUACAUGCAUAUUUUAUUUUAUAAUAUUAUGUUUGAUAAAUAAAUAAAAAAUCAAUCUUUGUGUACUAAUAUUUUUAUAAGUAUUUUUUCAGUAAAACAUAUUUUUAUACAAAACUAAAUAGUUAAUUCUAUUAAAAAGGAUCAAAACGGGUAUGAAAUUUAAAAUGAAUCUGUCAAAAAUUAGACGAAUCUAAAUAUGAGAAAUUAACCUAUUUUAACUCACGAUAAAAAAAGAUUUAUCUAUUUUAAUAUUUCUGACUAAAGUGACAUAGAUAUUUUUUUGGUUUUCACAACGUAAAAAUCCCGCAUUUUAAAAGCGCAAGUCAAAAUCUAGUUUCUAUUAAAAAACAAAUCCAAAAUCAGACCGGAUCCGUUAGACGCUAUUGGUGACUCCACUAGAGAAAAAACGUAGUAUUCUAUUAGUUGAUUUUUAAGUGGGAUAUUUGUAUGUCUACCUAACAACAAACAAUAGAGAAGCAAGAAUCGAGAUUCUAAGAGGUGUUUUAUUGAUCGCUUGAACAAAAACUAUAAUUUUUGGAGUAUAAAUUGUAGCUUUAUUCUCUGAACGUCGAUCCAUUGUUUGAGGGUUCGGGGUAAGUUUUUCCAUCUAUAAUAAACCUUUAUGUGAUUUUUGCAUGUUGUGUGUUUGCAUAUAUAUAACGUAAAACUAAUGUUUGGUACGGUUAACUGGAUCGUUGUAAGCUCACCGAAACCGUUUUUUUUUAAAGAUGAAUAUUAAAUAUUUUACUUAAAAUCAAAAAUUAAAUUAUAAGCAGUCAAAAUAAAUUAUGAACAAUAAAAAUGAAAAAAAUAAAAAUUAUAAGAACACAUGGUAACGUCUCAACGCUUUAUUCUAUUGUUAUUUAUAGGAUUUAUAAGGGAUCAUUAUUUGUAAAUUAAAUUUUCAAACUUAACUACAACUGGAAAUAAAAUAAAAACAAACAGAAUCAAAAUUUAUUUGAAGAUCAGGAAAAUAUUUGAUUUAAACGUGAAAUAUAAAGCAUUCCAAAAUUAUCCAUAUUGGAUUAGGUUUUUUUUUCUAUAUUGAUAUUCAAAGUCAGGUUUUAUUAAUACCAAAAACAAACAAAUCUGGAUGGAACUACAUGGCAUGAUGUUUUUUAUUUUUUUUAUUUAAAUACAAAAUCAUUUUCCAAAUUCUAAUGCAUCCCAUCGGUAAUUUUUGUACACUCCCCUUAGUUUUGAACUUUUGAUUAAGUCAUAAAUACAGAUACAGACACAAAUACAGAUACAGAUACAGAAAGCAAAAUUGAGUUUUUGACUGGUUUACAUUAUGCGAAUUGACUCGCUUAAUUGUUUCUUUUGAUAAAAUAAGUAAAUAUUAUAUUGAUAUAAUUAGGGAAAAUCAAAAUUACUAAGUCAAAUAUUCAAGGAACCAUGUGAUACAAAUGAAUAUAUUGCCAUAAAAGAUGAACCUACAAAAAUUAACAUUUAUAUAAAGGUCGACAAAGUCGAGUGUUUAAUUACAAACCUCUAAGAAGGAUCUAAACAGUAAAGAAAUCAACCAUUCGCCAUUUCGAAACCCUCUUGAUAUUCAAUUAUGAACCCUUUGAAGUUCUUGUUAAUCGUUGUGGCCAUCUUGGUGGCCUUAUGUCCAGCAAUAGUCCAAUCUCGACAAAUAAAAUGUGACCAGUUGGGUGAGAAUUGCAUCGAGGAUGGAGAAGAGACCAUGAAAAUGAGAUUAGGUUUGGAUGUGAGCCGUAGGAUUCUCCAAGCCACACGAUAUAUAAAUUACGAUGCAUUGAAGCACGACGUACCAGCUAAACAACAUGGUCAAGAGGACCGAGCGGAUAACACAUAUCGUCGAGGUUGUACUCUCGCUACAGAAUGUUAUCGGCUUACGAAUUAAACAACAUGAAUACUAAUUUUUAUUUUUAGUGCAACACAGAAACAAAAUAUAGUUUUUUUCCCUUAGUUUACAUUUUCUGUGUAUGUAUUUUUAUUACCUUUGAUUGGUAUCUUCAAUAAAAUUGAAAAGUUUAUUACUAUUUUCAAUAACAUCUAAUUCAUUGAUUCACAUAGCUAAAAAGGGAAAUUGUAUUGUAUAUAUAACUAACCGAGCUAAUAAUCUCUACCAUCUAUUAUUAUGAAUUCAGAAUAGAGGAAACAAAAUACCAACUUCAGAUUCUUAAGAUUUAAACAUUGGAGUAUUAAAACGAGAAAGGUUUUCGAAGAUUAACGACGGCUGGAUAGUUGAGGAAGAAUUGGUGAAAGGAUCGACUAUUUUUACUACAUUUAUUUUUAACCAAAACAAUAGAAUGAUAAUUUCUAUUGUAGAGUAAUAAACUCCCUUCCAAACAUAUAACUUGAUCCAAAACUCAACAAUGAAAAUCAAA